AUGGGCACGCCACUGGCCGCAGAAGACAUUGAUAACGUUGGGCCCAACAUACACAUAGACUUCAGACAAACGCAUCAAGAAUACGGAUUCCGCAAAUACAUUCGUCCAGGCUACAAGCAAUGCUCCCCUCCACGAUUGCAUCGUUCCAAGAACAACCCCGAGGCUUCUUUUGUCAAUUUCAAGCCAUUAUUGCGAUCGGGGGAUGUGAAACCACAGCAUAAGCAGAGUGUAUACUAUAAGGAAAUCAAGCACUGUUGUCGGACGCAGGUCGAAGCAUUUACGCAAAUUUUCGAGCUCUACCCUGAAGCUCUGGCGGAACUCGAAAGAUUGAUAAAGGAGGACGUCAGCGACUUAGCUUGGCUGGACAGAGCACGCGCUGCAGCGCACUACAUAGAGUUAAGAGAUGAGAUUCUGCGCGUACAAUUCCCAGAUGCGACGAGUUGGCCUUCCCGGCAGGGGAGGAAUUCCGAAGCCAACAAACAGACUGUGGCGGAGAUGCUGCGCCAACAAGCCAGAGGAAGAAGUGAUAUGCGGGACAGUGAACAGAGACGGCCACAAGAUUCGAGAGAGCGACCUGCAGCACACGGAAAAAGGGUCGCUGAGCGUGGGAUGCAUGUUCGAUUUGUCCUGCCACCAACCAUGACGCAAAUCAAGCAUUCUGUGUCAAAGCCUCUGAAUAGUGUGCGCAUUCCAACGAAGCUGCAAAGUCAAACAACCAAGGCCAGUGGUACCACAGAGUUAAGCCCGGUUAUCGAGGAAGUGCCAGAAGACACGGAAGUUAGCGAGGCGCCGCUGGUCUCUGGAAGCUGUCCACUGCCACGAAGAGAAACGGAAGAGUGGACCUACGUAGACCCAAAAGAAGGCUGGACGAGAGUAGUAGAAUUGGAUGGUGACUGGGAGAAUCCGCUUGAAUCGCGAUGGCAGAAUCUGGAGCGUUUCGAGGCGGCGGGUCGUCAUGUAGUCGCAGGGCAGGAAGAGCGAUUUGCAUGGAGACAUAAAGACUACACUCAGCUCGACCCUGAUGAACAGCUGCUUCGCGACUCCGAGUAUAUUGAACGCCAGCGAAGAGAUAUGCAGCAAGAGCUCUGUCUGCAAUAUGCAGAUCUGGAACGACUGCGGGCUGGAAAUACGAAACUCGAGACGCAGAUUGUGUCCGCUCCCAUUCCGCCGGUAGUAAUUCCCAGCCCAGUACGCUACACAGCUGCGGCUCCAAGCAUUCGACCAGGACGCACCACAGUCCCAAAGCCCACGGUGGAAGACGACGACGAGGAAGAUCUCUAA